AUGUCUUGGUUCCUCUGGCUCCUCACUCGGUGGCCUUCCUCAGCCUUCCCCCUGCUGCUUGUCAUUAUAGUAGGGAGACAGAUGGGGCUGGAAGUGGUUCAAGCAAUGGUGUGCACCCGAUGGGGUGCAUCGAGCAAUAGGAGCCUCUCACAGGAUGGAGAUGUGAUUAUUGGUGGACUUUUAAAUUUGUAUUACAUACCUUCGGCUAUAGAGCAGGACUUCACCAAGCUGCCACGUUAUGAACCUUGCACUGGUUUAGAUCCACAGACAUUAAAACAUGUAUAUGCCAUGGCGUUUGCUGUAGAGGAAAUCAAUCGUAACAGCACCCUAUUACCAGGGGUGAAGCUGGGCUACCGUAUACUUGAAAGCUGUGGCCGAUGGCCCUGGGCUCUGCAAGCUGCACUUUCACUAAUCGGGGGAAACACAUACAACUGCAACUUAACAGCCUCUAUGCCUCACUCUGCAACUUAUAGAGAACCCAGAGAGGCAGCAGGUAUGCCUGUUCCUUUGGUGAUUGGUGCUGUUGCAUCUACAACAGCUAAAAUCCUGUCCACGAUUGUGGCUCCUCUCUCUAUCAGCUACAUGGCUAGCUGCCCCUGUCUCAGUGACAGGACAAAGUUUCCAAACAUCUUCAGAACAAUCCCCAGUGAUGUUUACCAAGCCCGGGCUAUGGCACGACUGGCUUUACACUUCCACUGGACUUGGAUGGGAGCAGUGGUAGUGAACAAUGAUUAUGGUCAACUGGCGAUACAGGUAUUUCAGGAGGCAGUUCAGGGGAAAGGGGUGUGUUUGGAGUUCAUAGAGACUAUCCACAGACAAACUAUUGUGAGUGAUGCCAGGCGUGUAGCACGCACAAUUAAAGCUUCGACUGCGAAGGUGAUUCUGAUCUUUUGCUGGUAUACAGAUGCAAAGAAAAUAUUUCUGGAACUGGCCAAGAUAAAUGUGACCGACAGACAGUUUUUGGCCAGCGAGGCUUGGAGCACCAGUGAAGAUGUUCUUCAAGAUCUUGCCAUCUCUAAAGUGACAAAUGGUGUUCUUGGUGUGGCUAUUCGAAGUUCAACAAUACCUGGAUUUCAGAAUUAUCUCAGAAGUUUGCACCCGAAUCAUCGUCCUUAUGAUGUAUUUUUAAAAGACUUCUGGCAAAAUGAGUUUGGAUGCAGUCUACUUUCUACUUCAUCUCUGGGCAAGGAGUCCCGUCAGGAAGCUUCUCUCCCACCCUGCAGUGGGACAGAGUCCCUGGAGGGAGUUCAGAAUCACUUUACUGAUACCUCCCAGCUGAGAGUGACAUAUAAUGUGUACCUUGCUGUUUAUGCUGCAGCCCACGCCCUUCACAGCCUUCUCUCCUGCCCUAACAAAGACAACAGCUCCACUUGCUCCUCUCCAAAAAACAUCAAACCCAUAGAGCUGUUGCAGCACUUGAACAAAGUGAACGUCACCACGCCACAAGGAGAAAUGUUUUAUUUUGAAGGUGCCGAUAUUCCAGCAAAAUACGACCUUGUCAACUGGCAGAGCACCCCUGAUGGUCCGCUCAAACUUGUCUUGAUUGGUCGCGUGGAUGGGUUUGACCUCCACCUUAAUGAGUCAGCUAUUCAGUGGAGCACUGGAUCCAAUCAGGUGCCUGUUUCAGUGUGUAGUGAGAGCUGCCCCCCAGGUACCCGAAAGGCCAACAGGAAAGGUGAACCUAUCUGCUGCUUUGACUGCAUCCCAUGUGCUGAUGGAGAGAUUAGCAAUAUAACUGGUUCCCUUCACUGUGACCGUUGUCCUUCUGAGUUCUGGUCCAAUGUUGAACAAACAGCCUGCGUCCGUCGUCAGGUGGACUUCCUUUCCUUUAAUGAAACCUUGGGCAUUACUCUGACUACAGCAGCUGUGUCUGGUGCUACAGUGACAACAGCUGUGUUUGUGGUGUUUAUUUACUACCGUCAAACACCUAUGGUGCGAGCCAACAAUUCAGAGCUGAGCUUCCUCCUUCUUGUGUCGCUGAAGCUUUGCUUCCUGUGCUCACUGGUCUUCAUUGGUCGUCCAUCAGUCUGGGCUUGUCGGUUCCAGCAGGCAGCUUUUGGGAUCAGCUUUGUACUUUGUGUUUCCUGCCUCCUGGUUAAAACCCUAGUGGUUCUUGCUGUUUUCCGCUCAGCUCGACCUGGUGCCGAAACCUUGAUGAAGUGGUUUGGUCCAGGCCAACAGAGAGGAAGUGUCUUCUUCUUUACCUGUAUACAGGUUGUCAUCUGUGCUGUAUGGCUGUCCCUCAGCCCCCCAGUGCCACGACGAGAUCUGGGUUUCCAGGGGUCAAAGGUCACCCUGGAGUGUGCCAUGGCCUCUGUGGUGGGCUUCUCUCUGGUUCUGGGCUACAUUGGCCUGCUGGCCUCCACCUGCCUCCUCUUGGCCUUUCUUGCUCGGAAACUUCCUGACAACUUCAAUGAGGCCAAACUGAUCACCUUCAGCAUGUUGAUAUUCUGUGCGGUGUGGGUGGCUUUUGUCCCUGCUUAUGUUAGCUCUCCUGGGAAGUAUGUUGUCGCUGUGGAAAUAUUUGCUAUCCUGGCCUCUAGUUAUGGAUUACUGCUCUGCAUUUUUGCUCCAAAGUGUUUCAUUAUUCUUUUGAGGCCUGAAAAAAACACCAAGAAACACUUGAUGGCCAGAUAG